AUCAACCAUAGAUUCAAAAUCUGAAGCCAAAGAUCUGCCCUGCUUUUUUGCUAUUUUUGCCCAAGAACACAAAAACAGUAGCUUGUUAAAGUAUAUUGAGAAAUGUAGAGAAGAGAAGUGGCGAAAUGCAUCUGCUACUGCAGCAACAAAAAGAAUAACAGAAAUGGCUAAGUAUUUUUCUGAAUUAACUCCAUAUCUUGAUUCUAUGAGGAAUUAUUCUUUAUGUGAGGGACACUAUAACUGGGUUGUUGCUAAAAAAAAUUUUAUUAAUCAAUUAGAGAAAGGAACUGAUUCAAUUCUUCUAUCUUUAGACGAACCUGAGAAAAAAAAAUUAAAGUUUUCUAACGACGACGAUGACCUGCAAGUUCUUGAAAAAACUUUCGUUGAUGUUGAUAUUCAAGUUGAUUUGUGUGAAAAAACCUUCGUUGAUUUUGUAUCCUUUUUAGAUCCAAUGUGUGAAAUUCUUCAAAGAAGAAUUGAUGAAUUAGAAAAAAAUAAUAAGCAAUUAUUAAGUGAAAAUGAAACAUUAAAAAAAAGGCUAAGUGAAAGAUUUACUAACCAAAAAGAUCGUAUUCUUUCU